GCCUUUCCGGCGGUGCUGGCUGAGGGAGCGGCGCGGCGCGGAGCGGAGCGGAGCGGAGCGGAGCGGAGCGGAGCCGGCUCCGAGCGCGCGGGCGGCCCCGAGGUAAACGCCGCCUCCCGCUCUCCUCGUUCCGCCGCGGGCAGCGCGCCGAGCCGCCGCCCUCCCCCUGCCCAUGAGCUGAGGCGCCGGGGCGGCAGCCGAGGCAGGAGCCGGGCGGAGCCGCCUCCUCGGGCCCGGCGGGCGAGCGGGGCGCGGCGCGGCCCCUCACCCCGCGGCGGCCGGGCCUUCCCCAGGGCCUCCCUGCGGCUCCGGCCCCCGCCCCACCGCUUCCGCCGCCGCCGCCGCCGCCGCCCCAUGCGCGGCCGCCGCUGAGCCGCGGCCCCGGCCCCGCUCGCUCGGGCCGCCCGGGGGCUCUCGCCGCUCGCCCUUCCGCGCCCCCCGCCCCGCAGCAGGCGCCGGGCCCUUGGAUGCCGCCGAGAUGGGCAAGGUGCUAUCCAAGAUCUUCGGCAACAAGGAGAUGCGGAUCCUGAUGCUGGGGCUGGACGCGGCCGGCAAAACCACCAUCCUGUACAAACUGAAGCUGGGCCAGUCCGUCACCACCAUCCCCACCGUGGGCUUCAACGUGGAGACGGUCACUUACAAAAACGUCAAGUUCAACGUGUGGGAUGUGGGGGGGCAGGACAAGAUCCGGCCCCUCUGGAGGCACUACUACACGGGCACGCAGGGCUUGAUCUUCGUGGUGGACUGCGCCGAUCGCGACCGCAUUGACGAGGCCCGCCAGGAGCUGCACCGCAUCAUCAACGACAGGGAGAUGCGGGACGCCAUCAUCCUCAUCUUCGCCAACAAGCAGGACCUGCCCGAUGCCAUGAAACCCCACGAAAUCCAGGAGAAACUGGGCCUGACCCGGAUCAGGGAUAGGAAUUGGUACGUGCAGCCCUCCUGUGCUACUACAGGGGACGGACUCUACGAAGGGCUGACAUGGUUAACGUCCAAUUAUAAAUCCUAAUGAGAGAGUAACUAUUUAGUCUACAAAGAAUUAAAGAGAAAAGGAAAAAAAAAAAAAAAAAAAAAAAAGAACCCACACGGCUUUCCGGAAGAGUGAUUCUCUACAGAAAAGUGAAACAAAAGCAUCCAUAGGAUUAUGAUCACCUUUCUCCAAUGACCACCCUUUCCUUCUCCACACCUGACUGGAUUCCUGUUUUAACUCUCCUCGCUUGGCGUUAGGAUGCUCUAACCUCCGAAUGUGACACGAACACAAGCACUAGAUGCUAUGGCAGACCUCCAGCAAACAGGGGAAAGACACAUUGUAGACUUGCUAAGUAACUUCUUUUUUUUUUUCUCUCUCUGAUAGCCCUUAAGAUGGUUUGAUUAUUUUGGGGGACGGCUGGGGGAGGGGUACCAUUUUCAGUGUAUGCUUUCUGGUUCUACUUUUUUGAUGAUAUUUUUUUUGUUCCUCUCUCACUUGCUGUAGAUUGCUACCUUUUUGCCUUCAUGCGGAAUAUGUUGAUAGGUCGACUUCAUCUAGUAAACUGAAAACUCUUGCUUAAAAUCAAACCGCAGUCUGUCUUUUAAUAUUAAGGACUUUUUUUAAAGUUCUGUUAAUCUGUAACUAAAUAGUGACUCUCGGUCUGGCUCCAUAUCUCAGCCUCGUAACGAGACGAAUUCCUGCCCACGGUGGCAGAUAGGAAUACCAUUGUAACAUGUUCAAAGUGCAUAUCGGGCAUCAUGUUAACUAGGUAAUGUAAGAACUGCUUUGAAAUGUCAGCUGUGAAGUUCUGAACCAUACAUCAUGCAUGAGAAGGGAUGCAAAUAAGUUCCCCAUUCUACAUAGCAACCAUAUAGCGAAUAAAACAUGAAUGAUGUAAUAAUAGUUCCAGGGUAUGUACUGUUCCGUUUCUGUCUUGCAUUGCGAAUUUAAUGAUGUUGAGCUGCGGUUUUUACUCCUUUGGUCAGUCUCCAAUUCAAUGCAAGAUAGGUUCCUUCCAGAAAAAUGCAGCAAUAACCUGCAAGCGUUGCAACAAGUUUUACUCCAAAUUGGCGGGUUUGGGCAGAAGUCUAGCACUGACUUGCCUGCCUCGGGAUGAAGGCACGUUGCUUCAUCUUCGGGCCUCUCAAUCUUGAAAGGGUUUCUCACUUUUGGCUUCACCUUAAGGCAUCUCAAUCUCGACAGGGCUUCUCAUUUCUGAGUGCGUGCCACGGAGGGAACAAACAGAGAGCCCCAUCGCUCCGUGCUGUGGACGUGCAGAGGGGCAGAGCCGAGGGCUGAGCUGUGCCGUGGGGAAGCGGGCUGAGCACAGCGGUGCAGCGCCGGCCCGGGGUUGUUGCUGCAGUGCUGUAGGAAGGGAACCGUGUUGGAUGUCUGAAGCCCAUUGAGUAACUGCCAACGAGAGCGGGGUGGAGAGAGUGAGAAUACGACUAUGAAUGUAAACUUCCAUAAUUAGUUCUUAAAGGGCAAGCAGCUCAUUCGCCGUGCCACAGCGUGCAGGUGUGGCUGGCAAAAAAAAAACCCCACCCAGAGCCAGUAUUAGUGUGAAGUCUCAAUCAAGUAUUAAUGCUGGCCGCAAAAAAAUGCUCGAGCAGCUGGUUCUGAUUCAGCCUUAAGGAUUAACUUCAGAUUUCCUCAAGGAGUUAAACUCGAUUGGGGAAUUCUAGGAAUGUAUGCUACAAAACCAGAAGAAAAUGGCUUUUUUUUUGUUGUUGUUGUUCCUCAAGGAUAACGAGUUUGAUGUGAAAUUGGGGCAUUACACUAUGGUUGUGCAGUGUUGACUCUGCGUGCAAAGUACGUUGUAUAUGGAGCUCUUACCAAAGAUGAAUGGGAAGAUUAACACACACACAAAAAGAAAAUAAUACUGAAUUCACUUCUGAAAUUGAAUGUUUCGGACCACGUAGAAGUUAUUUGGAUCUGGUUCCAAACGACGGAUCUCGAUGUGGGGUGCGAGUGGGACUGAAUGGGUUCUGGUGCUGGAAGAUAGAGCAUUGACUGUAAGCCCUGGUGAGCGGAGGAGUGUGACACGAGCCCGGUGUCCAAUAACUGAGCUCUCGGUUCUGGAGGAGGGGGGUCCUUCCCACCUGAGUCUUGUUGCCCUUGGAGUGUCACUGCUCUAUUUUCCAGCCUGUUGCAAACGUAGGACUUGUUUUGUUCCUCUGGAUGUAACUUAGCAAACAGUGCGGCGGUAUAACGGCUAACAUGCGACAAUAUGGUUUCUGUUUUCUUCUGGAGCGUAAAUAAAACAGCCAAGCACAAAGUAAAUGCCUAAACUGGAAAACUUGAAGCUCUCUCAAUGGUUCUUGAACUUUCUUAAAUCUAUUCUCAGUCAAAAUGAAAACGUCCAUCAGUUCAUUUUCCGUCUCGGUCGGUUUGCUGUGCUGUGCCGGGGCGGAGCUCCUCGCCAGGCUGUGCAUUGCCUCCCAUCCACGCGUCUGUACUCUGUUGCUUUAGACAUUCUGUUUUGGCAGGAGAAAGGAAACCCAUUUGUUUUCUUCCUUUUGUCUUUCGGCUGUUUGUUUGUUUGUUUGUUUUUCCCUUAAUGUCUUAUUUUUGAGGGAUGGAGGGAGAUAAAAGUGACCGGAAUGUGGCGGAGACUUCACAGAUAAAUGGCCAUUGCUACCGAACACCUCCGGUGGUUUCACUUUCAGAAUCUCCUUGGUAGGAUAGAGCUGCAGCCCACCGUGGGCUGAGGUGCUCCAAAACCCAGUGGUACUGCGAACCGAGCCCGAGCACGGCCAUUUGUGUCCAUGUGAAUCUAUGGAGUGAGUUUUGAAUGGCGUUAAACCGUGUCUGAUCAGUGAAUGAGUUUGUAGACUGUGAUCUCCCUGAUGAGUAAACAGGAAUUUUGUGUUCUCAAUAUGGCUGUAGUGUUGGUAAAGAACUAAUAAGCAGAAAAUAAAGCAAUUACACAGCGGA